AUCUCGUGAACGUGGGUGAUUUCAAAAAAACAAAAAAAUAAAAAAUUGAAAGCCCACCUCACACCAUCUUGUCUCCUCAAUUCAUCCAUUUAUUUAACUCCUCUUUAAAACAGAUUCCUUCUCCCUAAACCUUAACUCACUCCAUUUUCUUUUAUUCCUAUUUACAACUUAAUUAUACGUACGUUAUAACGUAACGUAACCUUUAUUUCUAGAUUAAAAUGGCUAAUUCUCACGUUGAACUCGAUUUCUUUGGAUUGCGAUCUCAAUCUCAACCUCAACCUCAACCUCAAUCUCGCCUUGAUCGUCGACAAAGUUUUCGCGGAAUUUCAAAAAUAAAUCCAGAAAUUGUGAAGAGUGUGAUAGCAUCAGCUAGUAAGCAUGUCGCACCAGGAAUUCCUGCUAAGUCAUUGUCUCUUCCUGGGAGUCCUUCACCUGCAUCUUCUCAUCCCUUUUCCGGGCCAGAUAGUUCGGAGAAGGAAGGAGAACCUGGUUCCAUGACAAUAUUCUACAAUGGGACAGUUUCAGUUUUUGAUCUGCCCAAGGACAAGGCUGAAUACAUAAUGAAGCUUGCAAUGGAAAAAAAUAUUUCCAUUAACAGUGAUGGAAAUAUUGUGAAUCGUUCCUCUGUUAACUCUGAAAAUAGUGAUGUUGUCUUCGGACCCUUUAAUGAUGGAGAUAUGCCUAUCAUACGAAAGAAGUCAUUGCAAAGGUUCUUUGAGAAGCGCAAAGAGAGGUUGAUAGCAGCGGCACCAUAUAACAUGGACUAUACUCCAAGCCUAAACAAGCAAAAGACCUAAUUUCUAAUGUAGUUUCAAGGCACUAUCCUAUAAAAUUAUGCACGUUUUCAUCUAUAGUAUAUAUUUACGUGUUAUAUAAACUAUAUAUUAUAUAUCUAAUAUAUAUUAUAAUAUUAUUUGUAUGAAAGGAAGUUUCGAGACGACCAUCUAGUCAAAGAAUUACUCCCUAGUAUAAUAGUGUAUGAAGUGGUAUUUACUAAAAGACGACUCUUAGUGAAACAAUCGAGUGGUUUUAUUUAUUUAUUUAUUAUAAUUAUUAUUGGGUUUAUUUAA